CCACAGAUGGCGACGACGGGUCAGAAAGAACGCAGCGUCUAUUAAUAUUUCAGGUUGUCAGGCCUGAGUCUACUAAAGAACAAAUCCGGAGCGAUACCGGGGUUUGUCUCAAAAAUAUCUGAUAUCCCCUUUCCCCUAUCAUCGUCUUGACACUCAGGUUUCUUGCAUUCGAGCCUUAACCGCUCACCUACAGUCAAAAUGAGCUCCGAGUCAAGACUGUAUACGUUCUCGCAAGAGACCAAAGAUCACUUGCGCAAGUUCAGAUUGGGUACAUCAAGGGCGAAUGACCCUCAAGCUGUCAUUUACAUGAUCGACAAGAGUACACACGAGAUUCGCCAGGACGAAGACAAGACAGUAUACAAAAGCUUGGACGAGCUGAGCGAUGACCUCCCAGACCACUCGCCACGUUUUGUGCUACUUAGCUACCCCCUGACACUGCCAUCCGGGCGGAUGUCCGUCCCCUAUGUCAUGCUUUACUACCUUCCCAUCACCUGUAACAGCGAGCUGAGGAUGCUUUACGCUGGCGCCAAGGAAUUGAUGAGAAACACGAGUGAGGUCGGCAGGAUCAUAGACAUAGAAUCAACCGACGACCUGGAGGACAUUCCGGAGAAGCUGGGUGCUGCGCCGUGAAACUGCUCCAACUCUCGGGCCUCGAAAGUUUCGGUAAUCGGCUCUGUUUAUGGUCGGAGGGGUUGCCUGAAUAUUGUUGACUAAGAUGGUGAAGAGGCUUUUGCGACCAUCAACUUAUACCGAAUUUCCUCAUUCUUUCGGAGGAAGUACACUAUCGGCAGCAAGCCCUAACUCUUCGGCAAGCUCCCGCACCACAUUCUCGACCGAAGCACAGGUUGGACUAUCAGGGAAGCUGUCGAAGAAGCUCUCGCCAUAGUCACAAGCCAUACCGAUAUUAGGGUCCAAUGGCACAGACCCAAGGAAUCUAAUACCCAUCUCUUUUGCAAGCGCCCUGCCACCGCCCGUGGUCGGACGGAAAAUUUGACUUGUAUGCUUGCACCCGGGGCAAACAAACCCACUCAUAUUCUCAACAAGCCCUAAGACCCGGAUGCCGGCCUUGUGACAAAAGUCUAUCUCUUUCCGCACAUCCAGGAGAGAGACCUCCUGGGGCGUCGUGACGACCACAGCACCGUCUAUACCGCUUUCUCUCAAAUAAGUGUUGACACUUAGAUGCUCGUCGCUCGUUCCCGGUGGCGUAUCUACCAGGAGAAAAUCAAGAUCUCCCCACUCGACGUCCUUGAGGAACUGUUUGAUCAGGCCAUUCUUCUUGGGACCCCUCCAAAUGAUUGCAUCGUCUCUGUUGGGAAGCAUAAAUUGGAUACUCAUAACUCCCAAGUUGUCCAUAACAUAGACCGGCGACCAGCCCGCUCCGCUGAUGUGAAUCGUCUCGGCCUCGGCGCCCAUCAUCUUUGGUAUGCUCGGUCCGCAGAUAUCCGUAUCCAUGAUCCCCACAGAGCUCUCUGGGUUCGUUGCGAAAGCAUGGGCCAGCAGACUUGUAAAUGUCGACUUUCCCACCCCGCCUUUGCCACUAAGCACUAAUAUCUUAUGCUUAACGCCUGCUAGCCGUGCUGAAAUCAGGGGAAUGUCCGGGUCUGGCCCUUUUGGUGCCGAUGCGCAUAUCUUUUGGUUGGGACAGCCUGCGCAAGAGUCCGCGGUGCCAGCGCGUUCGGAUUCGGGUCCCGGACAGUGCUCUGGUUCGGGGGCGACGAGCUGUGGUUUCGCUUUCAGUGGAUUGUUUAUCACCUCUUGAACGGGUUCGGGUUCCUCGAGGCUCGGUGCCAUGAUUGAAACUUCUGAGUAGUAUUUCGAGAUGGAUGUUGUGUUUUUCGGCCCCGCUAGGUUGCUGUAAGUUAACAGUGAUACUGAUAAAGGCACGAUCAAGCUCAAAG